AUAAAAUCAAUUUGUUUUUAUCAUUGCUUUGAGUAAAGAAUCUAGUUGACAUAAGAAAUUUCCACCGAGACUCGAACCCAUGUCCUUUGCGUGUUGGUCACGUGACGUGUCGGGUGGGUUGACGGGGAGGUGGACGAGGCGGAUUCUGGCGGAUUCCAACGAGACAUGGGUCCUCCAGACACCGUCCUCGAAGUCGAGUCAGAUGCGAAGGCGGGGACGCCGAUCGUUCUCACCGAAGUAGUGUUGGCAGCACUUUCUACCGAGGCAUACGAGAGCAGUCUCAGAUUGGACGACUGGCUAUACAACGAUGCUUUGAUACUGCACCAGGGAGAUGUGUGUUGCUUGUUAUCCCAGGGCCCAGGGAAGGGGUCGGGUUCAGAAGGACAUAACGACCUGAAGUAUCGCGUCGAUAUGCUCGAGCCCGUCAUGCAGGGUCGAGUCAUGCGAGGCGCCACCAAGGUCAUCCUCACCCUUGACCGUCCUCAAGAGACCGAAUCGGAUGCAGAGAGCCUGCAGGAAUUGUUGGAGAUCGACGAAAGUUUCCUGGCUCCCGCUCUUUCGGAAUCCAUCCAAUCUAUCCCGGAUGAUACCGGAAGCAAAAUUAUCACAUUUGAAUGCCGACCACUAAAUCGUCCACAUUUCAAAGGAGACUACGAAGAUUGUACCGUGUACGUUCAUGCCGCAGAUCUCGGUCGUUUGGGUGGGUUAGAUGGAGAUUGGGUGAUUGCUCGCGCUUCAUCUGGGCAAAGGCUGGCUCGAGUGAUAGCCAGAGACUUGACGUCUACCUCCCGGUCUUAUGGCUCACAGGCCUAUGAUGUCGUCUUCUUCGUCAUUGCUAGCAUCGAACACGAUGUGAAAGAUGGCAAUCCUGAGACGAACGGGAAUGACGUGUACGUAGAUUCGACGAGGGGUGAACUUGGUUUCUGGCUCGAUCCAUCCGUCACGCGUCUCAUUCAAGCCGGAGUUCAGCACUCAGCCGUUCCCCGCAUCGGAAAUUACUUUCUGACCGACAAGAAAAGCCCGCGUGCGCUGUUUUCUGUGCUUAACGGUUUGCCCGAUACCCGGUUGCUGCAGCAGUCCUCGGCAUAUGCCAAUUUGCUGUCCGUCUGUUCUGCCAGUAUGCACGUCAGCGCAGCUGAUCUUCGGCUCGAUCUAUCCCUUCUAUUGCAAGGAUCUCGGGGCACAGGGAAAUUCACGACUGCUUGCUGGGUCGCCGAAACAUUGGGCAUGCAUCUCCUCGAAGUCGACUGCUUUGAUCUGCUUGGAGAGACGGAUAUCAAGACCGAAGGCACUCUCCGUGCUCGAUUUGAUAAAGCGGAGGAAUGCUCGCCUUGUGUUUUGCUGCUGCGCCACCUGGAGGCGCUAUGCUCUGACCCCAACAAAGACUCGCCCAUUUUUGCUGCCUUGCGAGAUUGCAUCCAGACCGUGCAGAAAUGUUGGAAGCCCUCAGGACACCCAGUACUUGUUUUUGGCACAAUCUCAGCCCUGGAUCAGGUUCCAGUAGCGAUGCUGUCCUGCUUCAAGCAUAGAGUUAUAUUUCCGGCGCCGAGUGAAGCAGAGCGAUACGACAUCCUUCGGACCUUGCUGGCUGAACAUACCCUGGCCCCCGAUGCGUCUAUUGAAAAGGUGGCUACGGAAACAGCUGCACUCGUUGCUCGUGAUCUUGAUGCACUGGUUCGUCGUGCUGGAGCUCUGGCUGUGCAACGGGCAAGUCGCAUCACAGACCGCAGCGAAGAGGAUGUGAUGGAAGCCGGAGUUGCGAUCACAGCUAACGAUUUCUCAAAGGCUCUAGACAGAGCGCGAGCGGCCUACUCCGAAAGUAUUGGGGCGCCCAAGAUUCCGAACGUCUCUUGGGAUGACAUCGGUGGACUGGCGUCUGUGAAGUCUGACAUCUUGGACACAAUCCAACUUCCGCUUGACCACCCCGAGUUAUUCGGUGACGGCUUGAAGAAACGAUCGGGUAUUCUAUUGUAUGGCCCGCCGGGAACAGGCAAAACGAUGCUGGCUAAAGCGGUAGCUACAUCAUGCUCCCUGAAUUUCUUCUCCGUCAAGGGCCCCGAGCUGCUCAACAUGUACAUUGGUGAAUCUGAGGCAAAUGUGCGCCGAGUUUUCCAAAGGGCUCGGGAUGCUAAACCUUGUGUCAUUUUCUUCGAUGAGUUGGACUCGGUUGCACCCAAACGCGGAAAUCACGGCGACUCUGGUGGAGUCAUGGACCGAAUUGUCAGUCAGUUGCUCGCUGAACUCGACGGCAUGUCCGCUGGCGGCAGCGCGGACGUGUUUGUCGUUGGUGCGACAAACCGACCAGAUUUGCUCGACCCUGCACUCUUGCGGCCGGGCCGAUUCGACCGACUGCUGUAUCUCGGUGUCAGCGACACGGAUGCAGCGCAGCUGAACAUUCUGGAGGCAUUGACUCGGAAAUUCAAGCUAGACGCUUCCCUGAGCCUCGCCGAAAUCGCGAGAAGAUGUCCAUUCAACUACACUGGCGCAGAUUUCUACGCAUUGUGCUCAGAUGCCAUGCUCAACGCCAUGACACGCACAGCCAGCGGGAUCGAAAUGAAAUUGGAUCACCUCAACGCCCACGGAGGACUUGACGACCAUCCCCAUCCCCUCACUACUCAGUACUAUCUUGCUGAGCUUGCCAGCAGCGAAGACAUUCAUGUCUUGGUUUCUCAAGCAGACUUCGAGCAAGCGUUGGACAAGCUGGUGCCGAGUGUCAGUCAGUCCGAAAUGGAGCAUUAUGCACAAGUACAACAGCGUUUCUCGCAGGAUGUUAGUAUGUAG